AUGAGGGGACUGUGGGUGCCCAAACCUGUCACCACCACCAGCUCUGUGCUGCUCUGGAUAACACUGUUGUGUCCAGCUCCAGCCAUCAGGAGUAAAGGUCCCCUAAGAGCAGUAGUGACCCUGCAACCCCCAUGGUUCAAUGAGCUCCGAGGGGACAGUGUGACUUUGACUUGUGAAGUGUUCCAGACUCCUGGACAGAAUUCUGUUAAAUGGCUCCACAAUGGGUCAGUUCUCCCCAUCUAUGGGGAGUCCUUUACCAUCCCAGCUGUCAACAUGGAAGACAGUGGGGAAUACCAGUGCCAGACAGAACACACUGCUCUCAGCAACCCUGUGCAACUACAAGUCACUAGUGAUUGGCUGCUACUCCAGGUAGAGAGACUAGAAUUCACAGAAGGUGACACUAUGACCCUAAGGUGCCACAGUUGGAGGAACAAACCUCUGCACAAAGUCACAUACUACCACAACAACCAAUCCUUAAAGUUUCACAAUCGGGCUUUCAAUCAUAUUGUCCAUCAAGUGGACUGUACUCACAGUGGAUCCUACUACUGUCAAGGAAACAUAGGGUGUACUACCCGUGUAUCUGCAGCUGUGGUUAUCACUGUCAAAGGGAAGAUGAGCACCAUGAAAGUGGUUAUAAUAAUAUUGCUCCUGGUGAUUGUGAUUGGUAUAAUUGCUGCUGCUGCCCUGUAUUUCUCCAAGAAAAUCUAAGAACCAGGUGGAGAUUUCAGUGUCUUAUUCAUCUGUAAAGUACAGAAGUGUCAAGAUAUUAGGAGAUACCUGAGAAGCAAGUGGUAUCCUAAGCUGGAAUUAACAACAAUCCUUUGUGCUCAGCCUCUGGAUGAUGUCACUCUCUGGCAAAAUCAUAUAAUUAUUGCAUUGCUUCGACCAGUGCCAGAUGUUCUCUGAGCUCGGACAAGUUUUAGUCAUGAAGCCUCACUAUGAAUCAAACUCGUCAUGUUGUUGUGGUUACCCCUCUUUGUCAGGGUUACAGCUCACUGCACAGCCACUGGUAUAAGU